UAGACUUGUAGCCUCACAUUGUCUCUCAUUCUCAUUCAAACUCGCGCAAAAACGCGAACGAGACCACUUUACCAGUAGCAGAAAACAGACGAACGAACUUCAAAAACAUGGCAGCACUGGCGUUUCGCGAAUUGUCAAGUAUUCGUUCAUUUCUUGCUUUAAACGACUGAGUUUGCGUGCAGCUGGAUUGUUUGCUUUUGUGGGCUGAGUGCCAUCAGACUUUACCAUGGAAAACUCCUCUGACCUGGUGCAAGUGAUCUCCAAGUGCAUUGAAAACUGUGAAACCAACAAGCUUUCCUCAAUAUUUGAAGAUGCUGGAAACAAUGAGUCUAUUGCGUCAAACUGCUGGGACAUCAUUCCUAUCUUAUGUGCUAAAUUGGAUCAAGAGACUUAUGAUAAAUUGCCGGCAAUGUUUCAAUCAUGUGAUAAACUCUUAAACAAAGUCGCUGAAAUUUCUUGUCCUGAAGAGGCUCUAUUGGAACUCAUUGAGCAAGCUGAUUGUCCAGACAACGAUCUUCGUUUCCUAGCAUUACUCAAGCCAAUUCAUCGUUUAUUGAUCCGCAUGCCAGAGAAACGUGGCCGUUCCUUAGUGUGGUGCUUGAACUUAGUUGCAAGUCACAUUUCAGCACUCCCUGAACCUAGCAGCUAUACACUUGAGAACAGUGAAAGAGUUUUGUUAGAUUUAGAUCCAGCAACUUGCAGAGCAGUUGAUGUAUACAAUUCCAUCACACCUUUUUUUGAGCCAUUCGUAGAAGAAGUGUCACUUUUCAAACCAGUAGUGUCUGUAGAUAAACCUAUUCUGGCUCAGCAGAUUUAUCAACGUUAUGUCCUCUCUGCUUUCCUUAUUCAUUUGUUGGAAAAGCCACUUUUGUUGAUGGAUUUAGAAUAUGAUGGUAAAACUAAAAGCAAGUCUCGCUGUGUUGCUGAGAAAAUUGUUGAGUACUUUGACAAUGUCAUGCCUGAUAUAGUACCAAUACUCUUUGAAAGGUGCUUUGGCAAACAAAAAUUGUCCAAUGAUGAUGGCUGGGAUACAGAUCCUGUGAAAAUGUUCCAAUUUGAAGAAAAAGUUCCUAUCCUUGGUCUAUCUAACUUAUUAUAUUUAAUUUUAGUGGAAGGCUUGUCUCGGAAGAGUAUCCCAUAUGUCUACAGUCCCAAUUAUCUUUUCCCUGUAGCUCUUCAUUUAAGUACAGAGCUUUUACUAGCUGGGCAUGAUUUGUCUGUGUGGAAGGGUCUGCAGCUUGCACACUCCUCAAUCUCAUUAGUGCCACAGUCAAGUAUUUCCUACACAAUGCUUGAUUUGCCCAUUCACAAAAAUUUUUGUACCUCUCUUGAAAAAAUUGUUGUUUAUUGCAACAUAGAAACAUACCGCAAGAAAGGAAUUAGGAUCUUACAAAAUUAUGUCAUGAUUAUGGACUUAAAAGCACGCUAUCAAGUUUUCAUUAACCUGUUUCCUCUUCUUGAACAUUCAGGUGUGAAAGGAGUACUAGUAACUAUGUUAAAAGAUACAAUUAGAAUGACAAUGAGUGAUAUUCACAAUCCAACAACUAAACUGUACCGUAGUAAAUCUUUGCUUAAGCUCAUAGAGGUGUACUGUGUUGUACCUAACGGACCAGAGGUUGAUCUAAUGGACCAUUCUGACCAUAUCAUAUCACUCCUAAACCUGUUGUGGUAUUUGGCAUUAGCCGAUCGAAGUGAUCUUUUAGGCUUAUGGGAGCAUGCUCCAUAUUUGGAUAGGUAUUUCAUUCAUCCAUUGAAGGAUGGUCUAAAAUUGUCAAGGGCUCACUAUGAACUGAAAAUACAUCAGUUAGAGGAAGAGAAGAUGAAUCAAACUCUUGGGAAAAAAAUCAAAGGAGACAUUGUUUCUGUCAGUGUUCAGGGGGAAACAGUGCCAGACCUAUCAUAUGAUGAAAAAAAGCAAAUUCUUAAUGUUGCUUUGAAUAAAUUUUCUAUUAUGGAGUCAUUACUUUCAAGUAUCAGAGAAGAAGUGGAAAGCAGAUUUGCCAGUCGUCAUUCUACUGAUUCUUAGAAUGUUUCCCAUUUGGCUGUGUUUGACUCAUUGCUUUAUACUUAACAGCUGUCCCAAUAUUUUUGUUUCCAAAUGCUUUUUAUUCUAUCAAAUAUUUCUGUACUCUGUGCUUAAAAAUGUUUAUAUGUUGUAAAGUUAUCUGCUCUCUUAACAUUUGAGCCUUGUGCCAUUGAAGGCAACCCAUGCUACAUUCAUGCAUGGCUUUUCAUUAAAGCUUUUUAGACAGGAAUUAGAUAAGAAUUCACAAAUAUGUUGUGAUUGCACUAAAACACUAAGUUUGUUUGUUCACUCCCUAGAUUAUGACUUGAUUUUACUUCCACCAUGCAAUUGAGAUCUAUAAUAAAUCAAUGCCUCCUUA